AUGCCCGCAAACACCCCUGCCACCUGUAGACAGGCUCGGUCGCCCACUGUCGACUCCCAAAGGCUCAAGAAGAGGGAGUCUGACCGCAAGGCCCAGCGCGUCUCGCGCGAGAGGACCAAGAGUCGCAUUGCAUAUCUCGAGGACCUCGUACAGAAGCUGAGUAGCGGAGACGAUCACGAUAAAACCUUGUCCUUGAUGGCUCAGCUGUCCGAGGUGACGAAGCAGCGUGACUCCCUGGUUCGCUUUCUCGAUUCUACGUCUCUGUCCUUUACUAGGCGUCUCUCCGAAGCUAAAAAGUGGGAGAGUAGCACUGCAUCCCAAGAACAACCUCAAGAAAAGCAACCAAGCGUGUCGGGUUCUGUCUCCAGGGAAUCUCCGGCAGCAAUGCCGGGCUUGCUGGAGACACCUCUGGCCGGCAACGAGCUGAAUCUGUUUUCGCCCGAGUUCACCGGGAUCCUCCCGGGUGAUAUGGCAUUAGAAGGCGGCCAGGCCUGUAUGAAUCUUGACUCUGCAACGUACAGUGCAUCGCAUAGUCACGCCGCCGAUGAGAAGACUUCAGCAGUAUCAUCGUCCUGCGAUUGCACUUCUUCAGAGACAAGGCGCCUUUCGGACGGAUCGGUAGUCAGCCGUAAUAUAUGGCAGGCGGGCAAUCAGGUCUUAGAAGGACCCCCUGGACACCUAUCAACCUCGAUGCUUGAUUUAGAGUACGAAGCUAGCGAAGAUGUCCCAGUGCGCGUUGUGCUGUAUGGCUGGGACCAUCUGGAGCAAUCGGGGAGGAUGACACCACUUUGGAGGAGAAUUCGGCACCUCGACGAAAUCUGCUUUUCUGCUUGUGGCCAGGUUGAGCGUCUUGCCGUGAUUCACAUGGUUCACCGCUACAUGCGCGCCUACGCUGACCCAACAUCGGCCAAUAUCAGUACCAUUCUACCACGAUGGUAUAUGAAAUCGCCGACUCAAGAUAUCUCUGGCCACCCAGCUGUUGACUACUUUGCCUGGUAA